AUGGGACCACCACCUUUGACGUAUUCCGAGUCUGCGUCACCGGAAAUUGAACCACACGAGCGGGUUCUGGCUAAUUUGAUUGAUGACGAGGAUGGCGAGUCGAGCCCUGAGGGUAUGUCGACGGUGUCGAUAACCAGCAGUAUUCUUGCGUACCGAAAGCGUUACGGACGGACAUAUGAGAAUAUUCAGUCGACUGAGUAUUGGGCGCCUAAUGAUGAGCAGCAGAAUGAGGGUCUGGAUCUCACUCAUGCCGCACUGUUCUUUACACUCGGCGAGGAAUUGUUUCUUGCGCCUAUUCAAGACCAACCGAAACGUGUGUUGGAUAUCGGCACGGGGACGGGGAUCUGGGCAAUCGACUUUGGAGAUGAACACCCAGAGGCUGAAGUUACAGGCACUGAUCUAAGUCCUAUUCAACCAGUCGUGGUUCCUCCAAACGUCAAGUUCGUCAUUGACGAUUGUCUGCUCCACUGGGCGUGGCCUGAGGAUCAUUUCGACUUUAUUCACAUUCGCGCCAUGUACGGCAGUGUUCCCGACUGGGUCGAUCUGUAUAGCAAAGCAUAUACCCACCUUGCACCAGGAGGCUGGAUCCAAGAUCUAGAAAUGGACGUCAAGAUCCAGUCCGAUCACGUCAAGCUGCCUCCCGAGCACGUCUUCAACGUCUGGGCAGACGCAUUCUACCGCGCCGGUGAGCAAAUGGGCCGUUCAUUCGACAUCUGCAAAGGCCACACGAUGCGUGACAAUCUCAGAGCAGCAGGCUUCGUCGACAUUGCCGAGAAGAAGAUCAAAGCGCCCAUGCACUCAUGGCCCAGCGACCCAAAGCUAAGACAAGCCGGAGAACUAUUCCAAAAGGCGCUAGAGCAGAGUGUCGAAGGGUAUGCGAAUUUACUGCUCAUGGAUCUGCUUGGGUGGUACAGAGAGGAGGUCGAAGUGUUGUUGGGGCAGUAUCGUAAGGAGAUGAGGGAUAAGAGUAAAUGUGCAUGGGUUGAGACGACGAUUGUAUAUGGACGAAAACCAUUUGGUGAUGAGACGACGACGGACUAG